AGCUUCCCUUGAACCGCGAGAAUCGGGAACAUUCUCGCCGGGGCUACGGAGGCCGGGCGAUGUAACAAUUGAUGUUUUUUCUAUUUUCUAUUUUAUAUAUAAGAUUUUUCUCAUCCUAUAAACCUCGACUCUGUAGACGACAGCAACUCGAUGAGAUACAUAAGAUGACAGCUGCGCUUCAGAGCAUGCCGUGAGAUAUUCGGCAGAGGCUCCAUGACGACACCGAACUAAAUCCAUCAAUAGUCCGAUGAUAGGCCAAUUCAUCGAAGCUAGCUUUGGAUUUGACAAUUGAAACAUUAAUUGCCAUCUAAAGGACUACACAAGAGUAUACAUGAUAUCUAUAUGCGCUUCUCCGUCAUACAGAGCGUAGUGUGUCGUCAUAACUGCUUCUUUCACCAUGCAGUCUCAAUCUCACCAGUCUCCGCGGCCCACUGCAACCGACAUGAUGGCUUGCUUUUCUCUGCGCGAAGACUCACUGAAAAGCCGCCCCUUGCGGCUGCUGAUCACUGCCACGGGCACGCGGCAUUCGUCUUGGGCUCAACCACUCGUGGUGCGGCUUUCCAAGGAUCGUCGUAUAGAGAUGAGGGCGGUGGUUGAUGAUCCAUCACCAAGGCUGAAUCAGCUCAUUAUUACCAUCCAAAACACGCCCAUUGCUCAAGAACCAAUUGGUCCGGAAGACAUAUCUUCUAAACAUACUGGGCUAAAUAUACACGACCUAGUUGAAUGGGCUGACCUUUUGGUUUGUGUGCCGCUAGAUAUCAGAAAAAUUGAAACCCUAUUGGUGGGCGGAGGCGACACUUUUCUUGAUGACCUCCUGAGAAGCUGGAACGAGGCUCAGAAAGGGUGUAUCAUGGUGCCUGGAAUGGACGACAGCGCAUGGCUGAGUCCUCUAGUCCAACAGCAACUGGGUGAAGUUCAGAGAGAAUGGCCAUGUAUCCGUGUGAUGCAGCCCAUACUGUGGCACUAUGAAGAUGCAGCACAUCCACAACAAGCAACGAACUGGCAUGGAUUCAGAGACUUGCUUGAUCUUAUCCAAAACCAGGCUGAUCUAUUAAAUCUCGGCCGCGAUGGGGAAGCAACAGGAAGAGCCGUUGCCAUGUCGGAACUUCAUGCAACUACUUUGCCAGGGCUACCUUUCGAGUUAUGGAGCAAAGUGUUGAGUUUCACAGGUGAUUGGGAGCUGGCCGCUGCGCUUGGUAUCAACACCAGUCUGCCCGUGCCAACAGAAUGGAACGUACGUGUCGAAGAUAUGAGUGAUCCUUUGCUCAUAUACUCACAUGAACUCGAGCGGACGGUCCUCACAUGCAACACGGCUGCCAUUUGUCGGAAGUUAUCACAAGCACCAGACGAUUUCCAGAUUUUACCAGUGCUGGUCGUGAAGCUCAUCACCCGAUUCGCUUUAGUUAAGGUGCUCACUUAUCUGGAAAACAACCAUCCCCAGCUGUUCAAGGCAUUUGAUGGGGCCUUUCUUCCCAUCAAAGCGUCCGCAUAUUAUCCCCAGGUCAAAGUCUUGGAUUACUGGAAAAACAGUCCUCACUUCCAGAAUCGCCAUGUCUACGAUACUGAAGCGAUAGAUGGCGCGUGUAAGAAUGGCCACGUGCAUAUUUUGCAGUGGUGGAAGCAAUCGGGGUUACCGUUGUUAUACACAAAGGUCUCUUUGGAACAGGCGAGCAGUAACGGCCUCAUCUCGGUCCUUGAGUGGUGGCGCGACGCUGCUGCCCUAGACCACAAUAUCGUGUUGAAGACUGGCAGGUCGCUCUUAUGGGCCGCCACGAAUGGCCAAGCAGAUGUGCUACGAUGGUGGCAUGCUUCUGGCAUUGAAAUGGGGUACAGCGGUGGUGUGGCCUUUACAGCUAGCCGGUGGGGACAUGUCCAUGUCUUGGAGACCUGGCGAAAGCUGCAAGGUGAUGACAACGUCUUAUUUGAUGCCGAGGAAGUCAUAUACAUCGCUACAGCUCGCCAGCACGUGGAAGUCCUCGAGUGGUGGCGGCAGUUUGCCCGGGGUAUGCUCGACGGCAUGAAUGGGCGAGGAGUCAAGGUCAAAUUUCGAACGCGAAGAAUCCAAGAGGCUGUUGAAUCUGCUCCCAAGUCUCAAGAAUGGUGGUUUCGUUAUAGACUAAGUAUUGGGAAAGACCAGGACUGGUGGCCUUCUUAUCUAGCAUUAUGAUGCGUCACGACUAACACGAUAUCGUAUAUAAACUACAACGGUGGGCUUCUUAGUUUCUCAGCAAAUUGAAAUCUGAAGACGGUAGAGGUAACGUUAGGACAAGGUAAUAUCGAGCCCGAUUCUUGGAGCUUUGUUGAUGUCAUGCGCAGCAGGGAAAGAGUCCUGAGACACUCAUACAAUUAUGUACACUGUUAAUAGCAAUGAAGCUUAGUAUACCCAGCAGAGCUUGAAAUUACAAAUAUUAUAGUGCCG